AUGAUGAGUAAUGAAAAACCACGGUCUUUGUUUUUUCAAAAGAUAUCUAGAAUUUUUUAUGAAAUCAACACUCAUCUCACAUUUUUGUCAUCGCAUUCCAGAAGCGUGAUCCCAUCUUAUGAUCUACUUCAAAAAUUAGACAGUUCCAUAACUCCAUUGGAAUUAUCCAUCUACAAAUAUUUAUUCCCUGAAGGUGAAAUAUUUUUUGAUUAUGUUGACGAAAACCAAGUAAUGCUUUCCUUUGUAGAGGAAGUAAAAGUGGGAAAUCAAGGGUAUCAUCAGUCUGCUAUUGCUGAAAAAUUCGAAGAACACACGCGUCAAUCUAAACAAAUAUUGAUUUUUACUUUCCAAGAUACCAAGGUUCACGGAAUAGGUAAAGCAAUGAGAAGUUUGAGUAACAAAAGAAGGAAAGCCAAUAGUGGUGAUUAUAAAUCUGAACAAAGACAGGGAUUUUUUUUGGAAGAUAGUAAGUUUCAAUUACAACCGUUGUCUAAACAGCAAUUGACUAACCUUAUAAAGAACCGGAACGAAAAAUUCAACCGGUUGUUACAAGUUUUCAUGGAUAAGUUUUCCAAUCAAGAAGAAGCAGAGAAAAAGUUAAUCGAUGCAGCAACAAGGCGCAUACCAGAAGAACCUAUACUUGAUGACAUGGUAAAAUUACUAGAGCAAAGGCCAAGUACAACUGCUACAGCUAAUGUCACAUUAACUACUGAUGAAAUGAUCCUGGCAUUAAAGAAGUCCAAAUUUUACAAUAACCAAAUUUCAUCGGUCCAAUUACUCAAUAAGGAGCGGCCCGCAGAGAAACAAAGCUUAUUACCCCAAAUCCAAGAAUUCAUCCACCCAGAACUUAAAGAGGCAUUGUUACAAACAAAGGGCAUUUCGAUAGACAACGAUUUGUAUUCCCACCAAGCAGUGGCAUUGAAUACACUUUUAGAUCCGACAAACAAUUCACAUGUCAUAGCUAGUACCCUGACGGCUUCAGGUAAGUCGUUAAUAUACCAGAUUCCUGUUUUGAAUUCUAUUCUUUGGGAUAUUUCCAAUGGUUUUCAUGGGCGUAGUACCACAGCUUUUUUCAUUUUCCCAACAAAGGCAUUAGCUCAGGAUCAGAUAAGGCAUUUCAAGGACUUUAUUAGUCAAUUACCUAGUGCACAAAGUCGUCCAAUUGUUGUCAAUACAUAUGAUGGAGACACACCAUUCCAAGAGAGAGUUAAGAUUCUGAAAGAAUCAGAUAUUAUAUUUACAAAUCCAGAUACUAUCCAUGCAUCAAUUCUUCCAGGACAUAGUUUUGACAAUUGGAGAGAGUUUCUUCGUUCAUUAAAGUUUGUUGUAAUGGAUGAAUUACAUGUUUAUAAAGGUACGUUUGGUAUCAAUGUUGGAUUUGUUAUGGCGAGACUAGCUAGAAUUAAGAAUAAGCUUCUGCAGGAUGAUGGCGAUCAAAUAAGGUUUAUUUCAUGUUCAGCAACCAUUCAAAACCCCAUUAGCCAUUUUAGAGUCGUUUGUGCAUUACGCGAUAGCGACGAAAUAGUUCAUGUCAAUCAAGAUGGUAGUCCUUGCUGUGAGAAAAAAUUAGUGGUUUGGAAUCCACCAGCAUUGAUGAACCAGCGGGGACAAAAGGAAAAUACACCUGAUAAAUUAGUACCAAGAGUGAGUAUGAUUCUGGAACUGGCACGAUUGUUAUUGAAUAUUUUGACAAUAAAUGACAAUUUAAGAGUGAUUGUGUUUUGUCCUAUCAGAGUCAUUUGUGAAACUUUAAUGAAAGAAGUAAGGCAUUUGUUGCAAGAUGUAUUUAGUAAAUCAGGGAUAGAUCAAAGUGAUAUUAUGGCAUACCGAGGUGGCUAUAGUAAAAACGAUAGACGAGUAAUUGAAAAGAAAAUGUUUGAUGGGCAACUUCGAGCAAUUGUUGCAACCAAUGCGUUAGAAUUAGGUAUUGAUUUAUCUCAUUUAGAUGUGGUGAUAACUUGUGGAUUCCCAAUGCUGAAACUGAACUUACAUCAACAAUUUGGUCGAGCAGGGAGAAGAAGAAAUGCCAAGGGAAGUUUGGCUGUAUUUGUUCCUGGUAAGAGCCCAGUUGAUCAGUACUAUUUAGAGAAUCCUCAUGAAUUGAUUGGUAAUAACUAUGAGGAUUUAUGUGUUGAAGGCUUACGCGAAAUGGAAUGCGGACGAUUGAUUUUAGAAAAACAUUUACAGUGUGCUGCAUAUGAAGAGGGAAUAUCUCUUGAAGAUAUGCACUGGUUCAUGCCUACUGGAUCCAAAAAUGAUUUUUCAAAGAUUUUGAAUGAAAAUUUAAUUCUUGAUGUUGAUGGAAAAUACAAGACCAACCCACGGUAUACCACAAAACCACAUAAUCAAGUGGCCAUACGAGCAAUUGAAGAACCUGCUUUUGCUGUGGUUGAUAUCACAAACAAUAGAAAUAUAGUAAUUGAAGAGAUUGAAUUACUGAGAACAACAUUUACAUUGUAUGAAGGAGGAAUUUUUCUUCAUCAAGGUCAACCGUACUUAAUCAAAGAAUUCAAUCAAGAGGAUCGUUAUGCUAAAGUUGAGCGAGUUAAUGUUGAUUGGACAACACUGCAGAGGGACUACACUGAUGUUGAUCCAGAAGAAGUUGAGUGUGUCAAGCCAUUAUUCCCACCGAAAGCACAACAAGCACUUGAUAUACCAGCAUUCUCUGGUAGAAUCAAAAUCACCAUGAAGGUAUUUGGAUUUUUCAAAGUGAAUCGACGUGAAGAGAUUUUAGAAGUAGUUGAAGUGAAAAACCCACCAGUUAUUAUCUAUUCCAAAGGAUUUUGGUUAAAUAUACCAUCAGAAGCAUUGGAAGUAAUUCAUGAAAAACAACUUUCGACAGCUGGUGGAAUACAUGCUGCUGCUCAUGCAAUUAUGAACAUGCUACCUAUACAUAUCAACGGAGCUCCUGAAAAUGGUCGAAAUAUCGCAGAUAUGGAAUUGUCAACUGAAUGUAAGUCUCCAUUGAAAGAGUUUUCGGCGAGGGAAAAUAGUAGGAAACGACCUGCAAGAUUAGUAUUUUAUGAUACUAAAGGUGGACAAUCAGGUACAGGAAUAUCAUACAAAUGUUUUGAAAGUAUUGAUGAAAUAUUAGAUGCUACUUUUAGACGAGUUAAAAACUGUACAUGUAAUUGGGGAUGUCCAUUAUGCGUGGUUUCAAGUACUUGUAAAGAACAAAUGAGAGUUCUGUCUCGUCCUGCUGCUUUGAUUGUAUUGGCUUCUUUUAUGGGUAUGAAUUUACAAAAGUUGAAGGACGAAUUACCUAAUGGUCCAGAACCUAAUCUACCAGAUGUUAAUAUAGAGACCAUUGUUAAUGCCAAUAAUACUGUGAGAUUUUCACCAAAUGUCAAGCUAUUAAAUGUUAUUCGUAGAAAAAACACGUAG